GUUGCCUCAUCUGCUACAAUAAUUUCAGCAGAACAAAAAAGGCAGCCCAGUUUCAAACUCUUAAAAUCUGGAAUGAAGUCCAAAUGUUAUGUCAUAACUCCUAUAACUUGGAUAAACUGAUUUUUGUUUGUCUUUUUUUCAACAUCCGCAAUCCCUUUAGUUCAGUUUUUCAGAGAAAUUCUCCUAAUAAGUCACUCUGCAAAGUACUCAUACACAGAAAAAGGCAGGGAGUAAUUUCUUUCAUAAUGAGGAGGGGAAAACCCCUAAAUUUUUAUCUUGUUGUCACUACAUGACACACUGUCCCACUGAGAAGUAUUUCACAUCUAUCAGAAGUCUGAGCUACUGGUUGAGCAUGGAACUAUAUGGCAUUAAACAGCCAGUAUAUUGCUGUUUCAUUUCCUAUCCUGAGUUGUGGAAAAGGGAUGAGUGCUUUUAAUAUACUCCUAAUAUUACACAGAAGAAGGUGGUGCCAGGGCUGGGUAACAUGUAAGCUGCAUUACCAUCAGGUAUGCUAGACUCCUUUCCAGGGCAAUACCAUGGAAAAUAGAUGGUUCCAUGAGCUCCAAUGAUUUUGGAGACUUCAUCUGAGUGCUUUGUCCAUGAAUGUGGAAUUAAGUUUCUUUGGUCUAUUUUUUUUUUUCCAUUUUGCAUCUUUAACCUGUAUGGAGCAUAGGUUGAACAGGAGCAAAAGGAAGAAGUUAAUGGUCUGUUACUGGGCUAGCUUAACACCUUUUCUUCCUCCUCCCCUCCCCAUAUAAUCAUCUUGAUACUUCCUGUACAGAAAGAGGAUGUAAUUAAUGUAAUUAGUAAAUAUUUUAGAAACUAGUUCCCUCUAAAAUUUUCAGGACACACCCAUUUUAAUUUACUAGGCUCUCAUGUGGUAUAAUUUUCUCCUCUCUCUGUCAGGAGACAAAUUGAGUGCUAGAAUCAUACAACACACUGCUUUAAUAGUUGUGGUUUAGAGAAAUGAAAUCAACUUUUCUGAAUAAGAAGAAUCUUUUCCUAAUAUUCUUAUACAGAUAGUAAAUUAUUUCUAAAUGGUGGCUGAUAUGGUGAAAAAUAUGCCCCUAUGUCACCCUUGUUAGCAAAUUUUAAAGGCAAUACUCAGUCUGUCAGAUGAAGCCUAGGUAGCUUCAGCUGCCAGACUAGGCUGAGGAGGAUUUUGAACUUGAUCUUAGUGGCUAAGGGGCAGCUAAAACAUUGCUUGUAUAGGGGAGCAUUAAACACCAGGCACAGCGGAGUGUUACAACUAAGCUUCAGCAGACCUGAUGGAAGCAAAGAAGAUGUACAAGCCCCUUCUAUACUGGGAAAAGCAGACCAAGGUCAAACUCCCACACACAAACUCUAUAAAUGUUUUAGAAGGAAGCUGUAACUGGAUUAUGGUUUUGUGUGCUAAUGGUCUUCUGAAUUCUCUCAGGGUGCAAAAUCAUUUUCUUCUUUCAUCUUCUCUUGACCUUCAUUGUUCUGUUUCUCCUACUGGUAUCUCCCUAAAGGAGCUGGUAAGGAUUUCAUGCUCUUAUAAAGCUACAGCCCACUUUUUAAAAUUACUAUAUGGUAUCUGAAUAAGGUUUCCUUUUUGAUGACUUUUUUGCUAACUGGGCCAACUAAAAACUCAGGUUCUUCUGGAUAGGGUCAAGCUCAUUGUUCAAAGGUGUUUGUAUAGGAAAACCUAUCACAUACCAUUUGUUUUUUUAUGUGUAGGACAACAUCCUUUGCACUGAUGAUAUUUCACAAGUCUCCAAAGACGUAUCAGAUUUUUCUCAGACAAAUUCCUGAACCUGUCACACUACUUCGUUUCUAUUUGAUUAGCAUAUCCUAAGCUUCCCUUCUCACAGCCUGAUAAAAAAGUAGCAUGUGACUUAAUAACCAAGCCUCCCUUUCCAUUAGCCAGGCAAAAGCUGUUGUUCAGUCCUGUUCUCUUCUUCCUGCAUUUCCCUGGAGAUUUUCCUGCUGCUUAGACUAACGGUAAUGAUCCCUUCUGCUACCAUGAAACCAAGCCAGGAAGGAGGGGACAUUGAUCAGUCUGGGAAUGCCAUUCCCCUCCUGACUUCAACAUUCCUGCUACUCCCUUUUGUUAGUCUUCCCUUUGUUAUUCUUCAACUCUUUUGUUAUUCUGCAGCUCUUAAACGAAUGCUUUUCUGUUUCCCUGAUUCCUCUGAAAAUAGUUCCCCACUGGAUUACCAGGAAAUCAGCUCUUCUGCAGCAUGGUAAACUCUGCUGGUGCUGCUGGCUCCCGGGGAGGGGGUUGUGCAGCUGCCUUUGGUGGGAAAAUGUGACAGUAACAUCUUGCCAGACUUGAGUGCUUGCCUCAACUUCUGUCACAGAAAGAGGCUGACCUGAUAUGACUGGAUUGCCCUAACCAACAAAGCAGAGCAGGAGCUACUUUAUUUAAUACCGAAUACUUGCUGAAUGUGUCAAAUGUCCCCUAGCACUACCCCUUGCUGCCUGGGAGCUGCUCCCCGGCUCUGGCACCCUUUCACCUCCGGCUGGGAGGAAAUGAGCCACCUUCCAGGAUCGGUGUGUGGCCAGAGGCCAGAUCCUGCCCGAGGAGGGAGGGGUAGCACCUGCACACCGGCGCGGCUCUGGAGCGUCUCCAAGAGCAGCAGCAGGUUUGCUGAGACGCCACCCAGCUGGGGAAUGCACCUGCCCGGGCAGGAGGUGAGGGCUGCCGCCGGACCUCGGUGCUGCCACGGCACCAGGAAGGGGAGCCUCGCCUGGGUCUUGGCAGGCACUUGCAAGAGGAAGGGAAGAGAUUUUCCCCGUGAGCUCCCUCGUUAGCUGGAUCCAGUGGAAGGAAAGCCAGGAAAAACCAUUGCUGCCAGCCUGGAGCAGGGAAGUGUGCCGGGUUGUCGCAUGUGGGCAGUGUCUGCUGCAGGAAAUGUUGUUGGACUCUCCCAGUCUCCAUGAUGCUUACAAAGUCCACAUAAAAGCUGCAUGAAACCCUUCCAAGGCUGGAAGUACGAGGAAGUACUGCAGGAGCCUGUCUCAUCCCCAGACUUCCCCUCCUAAACCCUGUGGAUGAAAGACACGGGAAAGGAAGGAGACAGCCUUGGCAGUUUCCCUACGAUGCUGCUCUGGGAACACUCCAUCAUGUUUCACAGCCCUGCCUUGGGGGUGGGCUCAACCCCAGCCCGUGGACCAUAGCUCUCCAGGUGGCAGCACUACAAAAGGAAAUUCCAUCAGGAUUCAAAGAAUGAGACCGAGACAUCACUGCUGGAGAAAUGCAGCUGCCUUCACCACUGCUGCUGCACUGACCCUCCAUUUGCUGUAAGGGUGCAAAUUCAUCUGUGCCACCUCUGUGCCCUCUUCACCCAGCUGCCCACCAUGCCGGAGCUGGCAGAGCUGAGCAGCCCCCGCACCCCUGCGGAUGCGGACCACAUCCAGAGGAAUAUCUUGGAAGAGCAUGUGGAGCUCUGGUGGUUCCAGGACCCCAAGAAGUCCAUCUUGUGCUAUGGGAUGGCUGUGGUGCUGAUCCUAGCCUGUGGGAUUGGGGGCAUCAUCCUGCUGUACAGCACCAGCAGCCGGUCUGGAGAGUGGCGGCUUGCCGUGGGCACCACACUCUGCCUCCUGGCCCUGCUCGUGCUGCUGAAGCAGCUGCUGAGCUCUGCAAUCCAGGACAUGAACUGCAUCCGCAGCCGGGAUCAGAUCGAGCUCCUCAAGAGCGGAGGCUUCUCGGACUGCCUGGUGCUGCUGCUGAGCGCCCUGGUGCUGCUGGUCUGCGGGGUGGUGCUCACCAUCCUCUCCACCACCACCAUGCAGCUCAGCCCCGCACGGCCGCUGGCCAGCAUGUUCACCAGCGGGGUCAUCCUCCUGACUGCUGGCAGUGCCAUCCUCCUCUGCCUGCUGCUGUACCUGCUGUGCACCUCCUGCCGCCGGGUGGCUCCUCGGAGCCUGGAGACCGGCGAGAUCCGCGUCUUCACCAUCUCCGGCCGCCUCACUGGAAACAGGCGGCUUCCGCCCACCUCCAGCAUGGCCAACCUGAUCUGACCCAGGACACCUCUGUGUGAGCCUUAGCAGAUACAACCUGUCAGUGAUGGCCUUUCCCAGGGAAGGGCAAGAGCUGCAGUGUGCCCCGUGUUUCUGUUGGAGAUGACUGGCGUUUGCUUUGCCCCAGGCUGGCGGCACAGCACAGACUCGGGGCACCUGGACGGGCUCUGACCUGGCUGGCAUUUUAUCUCCACAAAGCCUCCUGUGUCAGCUGCUGCCUGCCUGGCUGUGACCAUGUUACAGAGCGAAGGUGAGCCUGCCUUGUACCCCUGGGAACCCCAGUACUUGUUUGGUUCCUGCAGUUCCUGGAACUGUGUCAUAGUCUCCUGGCAGGAGAGGCUUAAUUGCGGGUGAUAUAAAACCAACCUGUGCUCUGUGCAGAGCCUCCAGCUCCUGAGUGAAGUAGAGCCUCUAGCAGCUGGUGAAUGGCAGGAAUACUUUGCAUGUCAGCAGGCACGAGGGAGCCUGGUGGGAGGUAUGGCUGCAGGGGCUGCUCCCAAAAGUCACCUGUGUCUGUGGGAGUGAGUGUUGGAAUUGCAUAGGAUUGUGUGUGCCAGAGCCACAGCAUGGCUGGACCUCACAUGAAAUGCUGUUUGUGUUUGCAAUGCCAGGAUCUGUUCCAGUGUUACAUUUCUGCAGCCCACCAUCACCUGUGGUUUAUCAAAGGGAUGAUCAAGCGGUGUUGGUGCCAAGGCCCUCAUGGGUUAUCUGUGCUGGACUGAGUGUUGGGGCUCUGUUAUCAUGCCAGGAUCCUCCAGCUACAUGAGCCACAAACAGCGAGGUGCAGUCGCUGGGGGAUGGUGAUGGGAUGCCCAAAUCCUGGGGCUGAGGCUGCCCUCUGCAAAAGCUGUGCAAGGGGAGAGUGCUGUGCUCUCCCACAGGAGUUCCCAGGCAGAGCCACCUCUGCUGGCAGGAGCCCUGCAGCUCAUCACAGUCCCUGCUUGUUUUCAUGCUGUUUCUGUCUCCCAAGUGCUCCAGCUGCUGCAGGGCAGAAAAGUUCCUCUACUGUCACUUGGGCCUUACCUGGAGCUUUUUUGGUGUUUUAUCUCUACAAGGUGUCUCUACCAGAGACAGAUUACAAUUCACCCCAGGAACUUUUCCUGUGACUGAAGUCUAAUUUACCUGACAAAAUUCUCAUUUCUCUCAUAGACUCACUAACCAUUUCACUGCCCUUUCCAUAGACAUAGAUCCCAACCUCCUGCUGAAUAUGCUCCUGCAUGACCUCUCUUCCUCUUAGCCAGUUGGUCAGAGCAUGGUGCUAAUAACACCAAGGUCAUGGGUUUGAACCUCAUGUGGGCCAUUCUCUUAAGAGCUGGGCUCUGUGAUCCCUUCUGGACCCCUUCCAGCUCAGACUGUUCUGUGAUUCUUCAUCUUGUCUGCUCCCAUCUUUCCUUCACCUGAGUUGCUCUGCUCCAGAUGUUGGUUUUGUUCAUUAUUUGCCAAGUGUCCUCUGCAAUGGAACAAGACUGAGCUAUUGUUUUUUGGUGCCUGGUAGCAAAUUCAUUUGGAAGAGGAUGGUAGCUGAUUCCCUUGCUAACAGCACAAAUCACUGUCCAUAUUACACCUGGAGGCACUGUCAGAGCUCACCAUCAGCCAGUCAGUGAGGGCUUCACCCCUUCACAGCUCCAGACCAACCAUUCCCAAUGCAGUGAGAUCUCAUGAAACCACAUCUGUAUGCACCUGCUCUUGCCGACUCCUCUGCCUGAAGCCUUGGAUUAUUUUCCCCAAUGUAAAGGUACAUAAUUUGAGCUUUUCUCUCUGUAUCUCUGUUAUUUCUACAUUUUCCUCUGCCACUUUCACAUCAUCUGUAGAUUUUAUUAAACUGCUGUUUCCUCUUCUCUCUGCAUCUCCUCCCUUAAUCUGCCCAGGAGCUCAGAAGGUGGUGGUGAGCUCAGAUCCUCCUGUGCUAAAUCUCUUGAAAGCUGAGCUGUUCUUCCCUUCUGGGCUGUUUGGCCUCAGGUCUACCAGGGAUCCCUGUGCUUACACAGGAGGGGACAGGCCAGAGCUGAAUGGUCUUGCACUACCAUCACCAUUGCUGCUGCUCUGCAGGUCUGUGUCAGCAUGUGCAGUUAUGCCAGGCUGCACCCCUUCUGCCAGCACAAUGGUCCAGGAGUGAGUGCCAGCUCCACCAGCCUGCACGUGCUGGCAGACCACAGCUGCCUGCACACCAGCUGUUUUGCACAUCUGGGCUUUCUGUGAAGAAGUGUGACUGUGCCCAGCUCGCAGCUCUGUGCUGCCUGCAUGUCAGUGUGAAUCCUGUCCCCUCCACAGCCCCUUCAAAACGUGCCCCAGGUGCCUGUGACAUGUGCCAGAAAAGGGUGAUUGACUGUGGGCCACGACAGCAACCCAAGGAGAUAAUGGCUAAGAACAGGCUGUGCCUGAAGAUGGUGGUUGGCUCUCCAGCUGCCCAGAGGGACAGGCUGUGCUGCCCAAUCACUGACUCCCCUAAGCAGCACAGGUGCUGGUUUGUUUCUUGGUUCCUGCGUUGUGUGUGGACAUACAUAAUAAAGUGUUAGAGAAGUU